AUGGAGGCCGAGGAUGAUGUCUACCAGCGAAUCGCGAUGACAGACAGCCAUCGAAUGAGGGCAAAUUAUCCUCACUCGACACUCUGCCCAAUGAUUUCUUAUCUGACAACGAACACAUCCUUCUCACCUCUCAACCCAAACCUCCUGAACUACAACCACCCACAUCCUACCAGUAUAUUACAACUGUCACUGCCCAGGGCCUGUCCAACACCGUCCUCACUUUCAGUACCGACACCAUGGCCUACAUUAACUGCUACGUGGGUUGCCUCUCUCCCUUUCUCUAUCUCUUUCUUUCUCUCUCUCUCUCUCUCUCUCUCUCUCUCUCUCUCUCUCUCAGUGUGUGCAUUGCUCAAUUAUGGUGACCUUAUGUUAGACUUGGCUAUGCUUAUAUGUCAUGGAACAAACAGCUAUUUUUUUACCGUUUCCUCUUUCUCCCGCUUAUACACGUCUCACUCCCUCUCUCUCUAUCCCUCUCUUCUUUUCUAUCUCCUUUUCUCUUUCUCUCUUUCUCUCUCCCUGUCACGAUUAUAUAUCAUUAUUCGUACAUACAUACAAACGUCAUUACUUGUUUCUACUCCAUGA